AUGCGUCGCGCAGCCGCAAACUCGGUCUGCUUACGCUGUGUCCACACGAUCCGGAGUCGGCCUCUUGUUCAGCCCUCACUGACCUCUUCAAUUCUUCCAACAGUGCAGCCACAGCCAUGUCUGGGCCAGCGCUCCCUCACCCACCGAGCCAAGGACAGGCCCUCGCGCAUGAUCCUCGCCGACCAAGUCCACAGAACGCCCCGUCUGGGUCGAGAUGACCGCAAGCCGCGCCGAGAGAGAGUCGCAGGCCCCUUUGCCGGCAUGAACCGGACCGUAGCCAAUGUUGACCCCAGCCGUGCGGCGUCAAGAGCUCGCUCGGCCGAUCGCAAGGACUCUCGCGACGACAGCAGACGGCGGCCGCCGAACGAUCGAAAGGCGCUCAAGAUGCAGCGGGCACUGGAGUCGGUCUCGUACAGCAAGCGCACGUCGCUAAAAGAGAAGAUGCAGAGCUUCGAGUCGUUUGAGCAGUUUGACCUUCUUCCUACACUCAAGACGGCCAUCGUCGACGAGGUCUUUGCGGGAUUGGUCGACAUUCGUCCGACGCCGGUGCAGCGGCUGGCGAUUCCCGCUCUGCUGGGGCAAAAGGAGCCGGGAGAGCCAAGGACCCAGCAGGAGAGGCAGUCGUCGUUCUUGUUGGCGGCAGAGACUGGAUCGGGCAAAACGCUUGCCUAUCUGCUGCCGGCCAUUGAUGCGCUCAAGAGGGCCGAGGCCGAGGAUCCGGAAAUCCAGGCUUAUAAGGAGAGGGCCGCAAUCGAGAAGGAGCGUCAAAAGGCCGCGGAUUUUAAAGGAAAGCCCUUUGAGGAGCCCCAUCCCACCAUGGCCAGGCCAAAGGUUGUCGUGCUGGUCCCGACAGCGGAGCUGGCUCACCAGGUUGGGCUGGUGGCUAAAAAGCUGUCGCAUGCCGUCAAGUUCAAGACGGAGAUACUGUCGUCGAACCUGAAGCCCCAGCAGAUUCAGCGGAACCUGUACGGACCAAAGGGACUCGAUCUGGUCAUCUCGACACCUCAUCUGCUAGCCUCGAUUGCAGAUUCCGAUCCCAACAUCCUCUCUCGAGUCUCCCAUGUAAUCAUUGACGAAGCCGAUUCGCUUUUCGAUCGAAGCUUUUCUUCCGUGACCUCCAGCAUCGUCGAGCGUGCCUCGCCCUCCAUGAAACAGCUCAUCUGCUGCUCGGCAACGAUCCCGAGAAAGCUCAACAACUACCUGGCCACCAACUAUCCCAAAAUGGUCAGAAUCACGACGCCAAACCUGCACGCCAUCCCCCGACGUGUCCAGCUCGGCGUCAUUGACGUCUCCAAGGACCCCUACCGCAACAACAAAGACCUUGCGUGCGCCGACGCAAUCUACACAAUCGGACGAGAGGCCUCGCAGCACGAAAACCUGGUCAAGGACGAGAUUGACGUCCGCCGCAUCAUAGUCUUUGUCAACGAGCGAGAGAAGACGGAGCAGGUUGCCGAGUAUCUUCGCUCAAAGGGUAUCGAUGCUCAGGCUUUGCACAGAGAUACUCCUGAGAAGCGUCACGGCGAGACUCUCGAGACCUUUACCACUUCCGAGCCGCUGCGGAUCAUUGCGCCUCCCAACCCGUCGCGGAAACGAUCCCUGGCAAACGUCAAGGUCCUGGUGGUGACCGAUUUGGCGUCCAGAGGUAUCGACACUCUUGCUGUUCGACACGUCAUUCUCUACGAUGUUCCUCACACUACGAUCGACUUUAUCCACCGUCUAGGCCGUGCCGGAAGAAUGGGCCGCCGAGGAAGAGGCAUUGUGCUUGUGGGCAACGAUGACAGGAGAGACGUUGUUGCUGAUGUAAAGAAGAGCAUGUUUAUGGGUCAGGCGCUCAUCUAG